AUGGUGGACACGAUCAAGAGGUCGUUGGCAGGGGUGCUAUCGACAUAUUACCCGCUCGCGGGUGAGAUUGUGCAGAACAAGAAUGGAGAGCCGGAGGUGGUGUGUAACAACAGUGGGGUUGAGUUUGUUUAUGCACAUGCAGAUGUGGAGCUCAAAGACUUGGAUUUUUAUCACCCUGAUCAUUCUGUAAAGGGGAAGUUGGUGCCCAGCAUAAAUCGCGGUUUGUUAUCGGUUCAGGUAACGAAGUUGAAAUGCGGAUCAAUGAUCAUAUCAUGUGCUUUUAACCAUCAACUAAGUGAUGCCUACUCAUUAAACAUGUUCUUAGUUGCAUGGGCUAAGCAUGCACGCUUGGAAAAAAUGUCCAACCUCCCAUCAUUUCGGCCCUCAGUUUUGAACCCACGACACCCUCCUCAUUAUGAAACAUCCCUUGACAACCUAUACAUCCCCAUCACUUCACUCCCUCCCCCAUCAUCCUUUGAGGAGCCACUCCAUAGUCGCAUGUACUACGUUCGCGCUGAAUCAAUCAAACGUAUUCAAUCCGAAGCAAGCACUAAAGAAACCAAAAGAAGCAAAUUACUGUCAUUUACUGCAUAUCUGUGGAAACUAUUAGCUGAUGGAAACAAUGAUGUUGGGAGUACACUAUCCAGAAUGGGCGUUGUAGUUGAUGGACGACGUUUUCUUAUGAAAGUAAACGAGAAAUGUUCACCAUUGUUCGAGAACCACUAUGGAAAUGUACUAUCUAUCCCAUAUGGUGUGGCAGCAAAUAGUGAACUUAAGGCAAUGCCACUUCAUGAAGUUGCAAACCGGGUUCAUGGGUUAGUGGCCGAGGCAACGGAUGAAGAACAUUUUAGGGGUCUAAUUGAUUGGGUGGAGUUGCAUCGGCCCACGCAGGCGGUUGCCAGGAUAUACUUUGGGAACGAAAAGUCUGAAGGCAGGGCCAUGGUGGUCUCAUCUGGAAGAGAUUUACCUAUCAACGAUAUGGACUUUGGAUGGGGAAAGCCAGAGUUCGGGUCGUAUCAUGUCCCUUGGGGUAGUCGAACUGGAUAUAUAAACACCAUGCCAAGUGCAAGUGGAAAUGGGGAUUGGGUUGUUUACAUGCAUCUCAACGAUAAGGAAUUCGAUGUGAUUGAGCAUAUGGCACCCGAUGUGUUUACACCUCUUUCAAUUUCUACCUUGGUUUAA